AUGCCGGGGCUGAUGUGGCAGGCGAUGCCAUGGCGGGGGCUCGAGAGGCAGCAGGUGAAGGUCUCGCAACUCUCAGAGUCCACCACCGUGACGACCGUCCAAUGGCCCGUCUGCUUGCGGGAAGAAGCAGCGCUCUUAGGAAGCUUCUGCGUCGCUCCAACUACCAACAACUUACCAGGGAACCAGGACGAUCAGCUUCCUCGCCUCUCAUUUCAGGUCGAACCGCAGAUACCCUCCCACGCCACUGUGUUCCUCCUCAGCGAUGAGAACGAUGCCUUUCAGCGUCUGUUCCUUUGGGGAGGCAGAGGGAAUGUUAGUGCGGGUUGCGAGCACUUGAUGGAAGCAAGCAAGGCAACCGUCUUUGCAGAUGCGACGAGUGGACAUGUCAAUGGAGCUCGAUCUCUGACUGGAAGCCGCUACCAUCAAUGGUAUGCCAUCGCGGUCGAUUGCUCGAGGCCAAGACCCUCAUGCCCCAACAUCACCAUGAUGUGUAGGAAUCUUGCGAUGGGCAGUGCAGGUAUAGCAGCGAUACUCAAGGAAACGUUUCAUAAAACGCUUGAGCAUUUGGGAGUUUCCAACCCUCUUCACGUCGUCGGUCUCUCUCCCUUCAGCAUCGUCAUCCUCUAUACUUGCGCUCUGGCGAUGGUUCUGUGCGCCAUUUUGCUAGGAAGCAUGUCGCGAAUAGAGCAGGACCAGGGGAAGAAGCUGGUUUACCUACGAAGCUGCUUUGCUCUUUUGGUGGCUGGCUUCAGCUACCUCUGCAUGUCGACUGGAAACGGGAUUUCCUUCCUCAAGCCCAUAGGAGGAACCGGCCCCGCUACAUCAUGGGCAUUCAGCUCGACCAGACUUGAAGUUGCAGAAGAAGGAAUGCAAGUUGCCUCCUACCCUCUCUUCUACGUCAGAUACCUCAGCAUGAUGGUCUCGACUUCGUGCAUACUAUACAACCUGUGUGUGAUUGCAGCCGUCAAUGCCCCAGUUAAGAAGCUCCUUCUGUUCGUCAAUGCAAGCAUGUGGGCUCUCUUUCUCUCAGGCGCUGUCAUCUUCUCACCUCUGAAAUGGCUGGCUGCCAUCGUUCUUCUAUCAUGGACGGUCUACCCGAUCUUCUGGCUGAUCAGCGACGGAACGAGGACUCUUCCAAGUGACGUCGUGAUCAUGGCGCAUGGAGCGGUGGAUAUUCUUGCGCUGUGUAUUUUUGGCCUGUUACUGUUGCGGAAUGUUCCCAGGUUGAGCACCCUUCUCCCCAAGGCAAGGCAGUGA